GAUAAGCUUGCUUGUCCAUCCAUACAUCAAUUUCGUGAAUUUCGGCUUGGUUUUCUUGUGCACGCUGCUUUCUUCGAUUUCUGAUGCUACUGAUGCAACGCCUGAUGUAGGAACGGUGAGCAGAAGUGACAAGUACUUUCAGGUUCUCGAACGGUGUCCGCGAUGGCCCUCUCCCUCGCGAUCAAGCUUGGCGCAACCGAGGUUGCAGCCGUCGCCAGAGCAGUUGGGUUCUGCAAAAUCCCACAGAGAACUGUCUCCCAAGUCAGCUGCCAGAGCAGUUCCAGACUGUCGUCUCCUCUCUUACAAAGAGGGCUUUCCUUUGGACUCGUGGAAUGCUCACCGGCGAACCCCGCUGCAGGGCGCAGCGUCUCCGUUCCACCAAGAAGCCCCAAAAAGCCCGUCGUCCUGCCGACACUCCAGACGCUGUUGGACUACAAUCUGCCGUCACUGGUUAAGCCGUCUGCUGCCAUUGGUGACAUCAAGGCAAUCAUUGCUCCGACGACCGACGCAAAUUCAAACGGCAUCGAGAAGUCCGACCCGACCCCGACUGUAGAGAAACGGGCGGCGGCCCUGAUCCAAAUCCGCAAGAAGAAAAUGAAGAAGCACAAAUUGAGGAAGCUGCGCAAGCGGAUGCACUUCCUGUGGGCCAAGCAAAGGUUUCGCCGGGAGAAGAAGAAAGAGCAGGUCUUCAGGGCAGAGCUCCUGGCACAGAUCCACGAGGCCCAGGCUUUUGAUGCCGAGAAGUAUGUGACAGGCGUCCUGGACAAGAUUCGGAACCGGCCCCAGCCGGAAACGCCCGAGGAGAGGCGAGAGAAGUUCCUCGAGCUAAUGAGGAAGUACAGAAGCAACGUCGAGUGGAUCAAGCCAAAAUUCGACUAGGGACUCUCUCUUUUUUUGAGAGUGCAACAAGUUCUUAACACACAGACCGUGAUAGCGGUGCAUAGCGUGUAGGCGAGACCCGCUGGGGUUGUAUUAAAGCUGUCGUUGUUUUGUUG